AUGUCCACCUUCAUUCCCAAUGUGAGUCAAUCUGCAGAGGCCGGCGAGAGUGAGCCGCCUGAGGACGAGGACGAGGCGUCUGCCAGCUACCUGGAGCUUCUGGCCCGCGCUCGCCAGCGCCGCUCUCGCUUUGACGAUGCUGAGAACACGUCGAGAUGGAGGGCUCACCGGCGCAUGCCCAAGGGCAAGAAGAAGAGCGUCAAGGCCGCCAGCUUCGAUGCUGGAGCCGAGGUCCUCAGCAAGGCAAGAUCGUCACAACACAUGGCCGAGAAGCCACACUGGGCACUGAGGAUUGUGGAGAACCCCUAUUUUGACUAUGUCUUGAUUGCAUUUCUGCUUGGGAAUGCGCUGACCUUUGGCAUCGAAGCAGACAUCAUGGCAAGGCAGUCCCUGCUGCAGCCUCCGGUUGUCUUCACGGCAUUCAACAUUGCCUUCACCAUGAUAUUUGUCGCGGAGCUCGCCAUCCGGAUAGUCGCCUACCACUGGAACUUCCUUUUUGGCGAAGGAUGGAUGUGGAAUCUCUUUGAUCUCAUCAUCGUAUUCUUCAGCGUCGUUGACGAGGUCUCUCAGCUGUUCCUCUCUGGCUCCGACGUGCAGACCCUUCUGGGCUUCGCUGGCGUGCUGCGGAUGCUUCGGCUUGGGCGUGUCAUGCGCCUGAUUCGACUGGUCCGGGUGGUGCCAGCUCUGAAGUCAAUGGUUUAUCUGGUGUCAGCUUCCAUGAACUCGUUCUUCUGGACAGGUGUGCUGCUGCUCCUCCUCAUGUACUGUGUGGCGGUCUACUUCACAGACUUAGCCACGGAGGCGACGCGGCUCAACACCAACACCUCCGUGGACCUUACGGAAGUGCGCCGAUACUGGGGCUCCCUGGGGCAGGCAGUGGCCUCUCUCUUCCAGGCCAUUACUGGAGGAAUGGACUGGCGCGUCUUCGUGGAGGUCUUCGAAACGGCGCUCCCCGAGUCCCACGACAUGCUCCUGGUUGUUUUCUCCCUGUACAUCGCCUUCGCAACACUGGUUAUGCUGAACUUGGUCACGGGCGUGUUCGUAGAAGGUCGCUCGAAGCGCAUGCUCCUCACUUUUGGAUUGUGGUAA